GCGUUUAGAAUAUUUUUACCGUAUCAAAAUGUUACAAUUAAAGGCUAUUUUGUAGAAUACGUGUCUUCAAUUAUUCAGUACAUGAAAAUUGAAUUCUUUAAUCCCCAAUCAUAAUAGAUUUGGCUAAGAGUAUUUAUUGCAUUUUGUUUUGCAAAUUUUGUUCAUUGUGUAUACAAUGCAGGACUCUAUUUUGAAGAUGGUUAUUAGAACAAUUUCAGUUGAUGUGUUUUAGCUGUACUAUGUAUUUCUUUCUGAUACAGAAAUUUAUGCUUGAUUAAAUUGAGGUUAUAUUAUUAAUAUUUCAGUGCUCUUGAUAAGUGGCACUAUCACAGACUGGCACAGAGAGCCUGUAAAGGUGUUUUAAAUAUCAAUAUAUACCCUUUUUGAACAUAUCAAUUUUUUCUCCAGUUGAAAUUCUCUCGACUUUUUUGAAAGUUAAAAAUGCUUCUUAGGAAGACCUGUAAGUGUCCAAAUAUUGUGUACCUCUUUGAAUGCAUGUGUAUAAUUUAUUCCUGUAACAAUGCAUAGACAGCUUAGAACUGCUAGUUAGAAGUGAUGCUUGUGGAAAUCAGAUGCUCAGUGCUCUCAACUGUACCAAGAAGACUGGAUAAUUAGAAAGUAUUGGUGUGUUGAUUAUAUGAAGUGAUGUUAAGGUGUUUAGACUUUAGUACAGUUACGCCUAUCAAUCACCAUAUUGGCAAAGAUUAUUUGCACAAACAUUUUAGACGAUCACGACAGCCUCAACAAAAUAAAGACUAGAUCCAAGUGGCACUGCGGAAAUUGGUAAUUCAUAAACUGCAAUUUGUAAUACUUAAAUGUUGGUGAGCAAAAAUAUUUAUAAAUGCUCAACAAAAUAUAACCUGCACAAAAGAUUUGAAGCUUGCACACUCUAAAAAUGAAUUGUCUAACAACUGUCCGAAGUGCGUGAUGAGCUGUCAAAAGAUUUCAGAAUGCGUCUCUAAAGGAGAAACAUUUGUAAUUGUAUUCUUUUUGAUAGCAAUACAGAAAUGCACAAUUGACCAUAACGAAAAAUAUGGCAGCAUGUACAUUUUACCACAAUGCAUUGUGAGCAUUAAGCAUAAAUGACCAAAAAAGGAUGAGAAGAAAAUCACCUAAUGAUAUGAUACUUUAACACAACGAAGAAAAUAACCUCCUUUUUUAAAUAUCUUUCAAAAAACUUCAAUUUGCUCUCUAAACAAAUUCUGACCGCAGUCCACUCUGGUGAAACGUGCAUGCGCCAUCUUUUUCGUUAUCGUCAAUUGUGAAUCAGUGAAUUGUUUGGGUUGAAACUUCAUAAUUCACCAAUUUCUGCAGUGUUGCUCCCAGGCAGAGUAUACCCAGGCAAAUCCUCUCGUGCCUUUGUGUAGUUUAUAGAUAACUGUUUCCAGGGGUUUUAACGGGAAUCGCUGCCCGUAUAUAUAGACAUAAUUACUGAUUAUGCAAUUUUUAUUGUGUUCAUACAUACUCUGUGACUAUGCGAUGGUCAUUAACCACUUGUUGCUAGGAGCCAUUUCACAGACGAAUAAUUUGCAAAUAAUUAUUCCUACUCAAAUAUUUGCUGUAAACAAAAAUAUAAUCCAUGUCAAUUUUAUGGUUCCCGUUAUCUGGCAGUUUUCCCAUGAAAAAAAGCCUUGACGGAUUUUCAAUGACAAUGUCAGCAUGGAACAAUUUGAGCACAAGGGCUAUUUUCAAAUACAUUUAGCGUCAAUUGUUUCAGGUUUUGACAGCUUAGUCCCUUCAUAAGUAUGCAUGGAAUUGCCAAUUGAUUUCUUAUAUUGUUUCAAUUCAGUAUAUGUACUUUGAUUCAGCCAACGAUUACGUGAAAGCAACAAAUGCAGGCGUAUGUGGCAUGGACAAAUUCUCAGUUAAAAAAACUCCCGGGAUGUAAAGUUAUCGAAGAUCUUGCUCGUGAUAUGCAAGAUGGAGUCGCGUUAGCACAGCUUAUUGAAGUGGUUGCCGGAGAAAAAAUUGAGAUAGAUCCAGAGCCUGCAUCCCCACUAAUAAUGAAAGACAAUGUUGAGAAGAUUCUUCUCUUUAUCAGUGCAAGAAAAAUACGUCUUCAUCAUGUUACUGCGAAAGAUAUUGUCAGUGGAAAUAUGAAAGCAAUAAUGCGUUUAAUACUUGCGUUAGCUGCUCAUUUCAAACCAAGUAGUGUCCGAAGUGCUGCACCGGAGCCCGCAAGACCAGGACGUCGUAUACGAAGGUCUGAAUCAUCUUUGUCAGCGGUUGCUGCCGAUGCUGCUGCAGCUCUUCAUGACGUCAGCAGAGCUGCUGCAAGUGCUGGAACACCUUAUAAGGGAUCACGGUUCAGGCCGAGUAAACUUUUAAAUUCAAGUGAAAGCACAUCAAGUAUUGACAGCAACGAACCAAAAGCGUUACAACCUGACCAGUCCAUGUCUACAAAAAUUCCUGUUGGAGGUCCACCGAAUAAACUUGUGAAAAGGACAGGAAAAUUACGGAUUGAUGCAUUGCGUAAAAGCACUUCACCAGCAGAGAACAGGGAAAGUGGGUUGGGAAACACAGACUCUGGUGAUGGUGGAAAAGCACUGAAGAAAAGAGUAGCCAUUGGUUGUAGACAGUGGAAAGAGAUUGUUGAAGGUUAUGGUAUUAUGGAGGAAGAUGUGAAAGAAACGCGCAAGAAGUUGAUAGCUUUACAAGAUCUUCUGCUAAAUCAAGAACCAGAGACGGAGCAAUCAGGAGAUGAAGGAGACUUCAGUUCUCUAGAUGGGACGUUACUGCAAGAACAAAUAACAAUUCUGAAUGCUCGCUUGGACCAACGAUCGUCUGAAUACGAUGAUCUUAAAAAUGAGCUGAACAGAACGAGGGAGGAAUGUAUCAAUCUUCAGGGAAUCAAACAAGGUUUGCAAACUCGUCUGACGGACCAGGAACAGGUCAUGAUGAAACUAAAGGCUGAGUUGUUGAAACUUGGUUUUUCACAUCAGACUACUAAUUCUGAUAAAGAUGAACUUCAAAGAAUAUUGGAAGAAAGAGAUCGAGAGAUCGCCCUUCUUCGUUCUCAACUUGCAUCGAAAGAUGAUCAAGUUGAUCAACAGAAAAAAGAACUUGAUAAAGCAUUUACAAAAGUAGCUGAUGUAAAUAGCAUUGAGAAGGACCUUCGUGCAAAAAUCAAAAAACACGAAGUGAACGCAGGAGCUUUACGAACGCAAGUGAAAGAACUUCAACAAAAACUCAAAUCUGUCGACGCGUCUGAGGUGAAGUUAUCGAACAGGAUAACUUAUCAAGAUCGAAGAGUUGCUUUGUUGGAAAACAAAGUACUACGAGAGCAAGAAAGAUCGAAAAUUGAUGGAAUGGAUACAGUGAGGCAGUGCUUACUAAGGCUGAGAAGUUCUCUUUCCAGCCAGGAUCCUCAGCGUCACACCCUGGAUAUGUUAGAAGAGACAUUAACCAACAUGAUUGACACUGGUUUUGUACAGUUUCCUACCAAUGAUGUUAUCAAGGCAUCACCGAGAAAUAACAAUUAUCAAAAUGGUAUCGGAAGUCCUCGAGAAAAGGAUGUUACAAAAUCCACUGGCACUGAUGUAACACGGAUUACAUACCAACCAUCGUGGUCGCCUACACCAUCUGUUGUGAUAAUUUCAAAAAGACUUGGCGAAGUAACAUUGGGCGAUUUUAAGUCGUUACUUGAUCUGUCAGGACAAUAUAGAUAUUAUUUCAAAGCUCUUGACGCAGAAUUUGGAACUAUCAGAGAAGAGCUCAUUAAUGACGACGACGUUAUCCCAGGAUGGGAGGGUAAAAUCAUGGCGUGGAUUUCAGACUCCAGUGAUGAAGAAAAACUUCGUGAUGGUGAUUCCAGUACUUUGUUCAAAACAAAACGGAGUGAAACUGAUAUUUAAAUAAGAAUUUAAUUGAAAUAAAUAUUAUAGAUGUGCAUAUAUUCAAGAAUAAAUUUAAAUUAUAUAUCGAGAGUCGAAGAAUCACACAAUAACAAUAUAAAUAUAGAACUUUACAUUGAUCAUUCUCCCACUCAAUUUUUUCUAUUUUUUUAGUUUUCACAUGUACGAUAAAUUUACUAAUAAUGUAUUUAAUGUAUUACGCUAUUGAAAUUACAUCCAGAAUUUAAUCAGAAGAUAUUUUUACUAAUA